ACACCAUUUUUCGAUAAUUUCUGAGGAUUUUUGCCGUCAAGCAAAGUUUUCGCCAUUUGCUACUGCUUUCAAAAUGGUUUUAGUUUUAUGUGUUUGGAUAAUAAACAAAUUCAUAAGCUUUUUGAAGCUCCAGUGGGGGCGAUUAAGUAUAGAGGCAAUUGUCGAGCUGCUUUAUGGCUUUGACUAUAGUCUAUACCGGCUAUGGCUGCAGAUCUACGGUGAGCCAGAUGAAACGGAUGCCGUUAUCUUCAACGAGCUUCCGCGGAGAUGUCGAUUUCGUCAUGUAUCGGCAAACUGCCCAAAGAAAUACUGCGAGACCUGCCGUGUGGACAGAGUCAUUAUGUACAUCAACAGGGCCAAGGUCUCCAUUGACAUUGCCCACUUGACGUUCUCGCAUACCACGUUCUACUACGCCAUCGCAUCUGCCUGGCUAAGAGGCGUUAAUAUACGGUUGGUGACCGACUCCCAGAUGAUCUACGCCCGGGGCUCGCUGGUGCAGCGUCUGAUCGCGGCAGAAAUGCCAGCGCGUUGUUCUCCGGUCCAUGUGAUGAUGCAUCACAAAUUCUGCAUUAUCGAUGGGGACGACCGCGUUCUACAACUUGAUAGAGAGGAGCACCGCGUUCACAGUCGCCUUUGGCGGCGUAAGGGUUACGUGAUGACAGGUUCGCUUAACUGGACCAAACUGGGCACUGGCAGCAAUUACGAGAACGUUGUGGUCACCUCAAAUCGUGUGGUCAACGAACUUUAUCAGAAGCUUUUUGAUGAUAUGUGGGAAUAUUUUCCGGUUCUCAAUAUGACCAGCUUUAGAACUAAGACGCACGCAAAUAAUGCGCCUGACAUCGUUUGUAUGCCUUGGAAAUUCUGGCAAUAAGAUUUUUGUACAUAACAAAAAAUGUAU